AUGAGAACUUAUGAGCGAUAGAAAUCCUCUGGAGUUGUUCAGUCAAUUGAGAGAUUAGAGAUUAAUGAAAUUCUAUUAAAUAAAUCUCCUACUUCGAGACUACAAAGUGUUUAACCUCAUCUGAACACCGAAGCAAGGAGAUUAUCAAAAGAUAUGACACCAGUUAAAAGAAACAAUAGCUUGAGUGAUCCAAUAAUGAUAGCUAUAAAGUAAUAAAAUGCAAUGGAAGAAAAUAAUCAGCAGCUGAUCAGAUAUAGGAGACAUGAGAAGCAUUGGAGGAAGCUAUGUUUCAUAUUAAUGCCUCUAAAUUUCCUUAAUAUCCUUUCACUCAACAUUGUAGCCAUGUAUUCACCAAGAUAGAAUAUAGAUGGAUUUAAUGUACCAGAAGUUAUACUCAAUAUAUUUCUGAUAUUCUUUGGCACUUACUCUAUUAUAAAGAGUGUAAAGACAGUAAUGUUGUUCUCUUGCAUCUUAUAUUUUGCAUUUGGGAUAAUGUAUGCUUAUCAAGAAGUUUUGAUGGAAAUGAGAUAAGUGAUAUCUAUUAGAAAUGUUACUGAAAUCAUGCAACUAAAUCCUCCACUUACCAUGAACCAAUUAGUCUUAAAAUAUGUGAUUAAGUAUUUUAGAAUUUUUGGCACUCUUUGCAUCAUUGCUAAUGGGCUAGCACUAUAUGCUAUUAGAAGAGUUAAGAUAAUUAGAGCCAUUGGUAAUUUGAAAAAUGAAUAGUUCAAAGUAGUAUACAGAAGAGUCAAUAGUUUUAAGUUAAGUUAUAAGGCCAAUGAUUAAGAUAUAUUUGAAGAAGAUAGCUUUAUCACAGAUGAGAAUGAGACAGAUGAUUUAUAAAAGAAAAAUAAGGAUCACAAUGAAGAUCUUGUUGAUAGCAGCAUAAACAAGGAUUCAUCAAAUGAUUCUAAUGAUGAACCAAGAAUAGUUUUGAAAAUUAAAUCUGAUGGGAGAUACAGGAAAAGGGUGUCAUCAUCAAUAAAUCUAAAUGACAAAGAAGACGAUGAUUAAAAAUAAAUUUUUUGA